AUGGCAGAAUCAAACCACUCAGAGACUGCGCAGGAUCCAUCAAAAAGUGAAAUGGAGCUGCUAAAUGCUAGAAUUUUAAACGACUUCAUAGAUAAAAGGAUUACAAUGGUAAGAGAAGACAGUAUUUUUGAGGGAGAAUGUAGAUCCAUGGAUGGCUAUCUCAACACUGUCCUUGAAAAUGCAACGUUCAAGAACAAGGAAAAUGGAGCUUCGAUGAGCUUAAAGACAUGUUUCGUCAUUGGAAAUUCAGUAAAGCACAUUAGCAUUCUCAAAUAA